CAGUUCUUACAUCCAUUGUCUACCUUUGAGUGUAACUUUCGCUUUGCACAUUGUACUUAAGAGUUAAGAAUACUGUUUUAAUUUACGAAACAGCAACAAGCACCUGUAGGCCGUUUGCAACAGCCUCAGAUUUCCAUUGAAUUGAGAACAGUUUUUACUAAGCUAUAACUAACAACAUCGACCGUUUUCAACUAUGCUAGACUUUUCCAUGUUUGAACUGUCUCAGUUUAUAAAAUAUGGAUAACUCAAAGCAACCAAAAUCAGACAUUUAUCACGAGCGACAGGUGAAGGAACUAUGUGCACUUCAUGCACUCAACAACCUUUACCAGGACAAAAAGGCAUUCAGCAAGAAGGAUUUGGAUGAAGUCUGCAUUAGACUCUCUCCUGAUCAUUUCAUCAACCCACACAGAAGUGUCCUUGGCUUUGGCAAUUAUGAUGUCAACGUAAUCAUGGCAGCCGUUCAGAAAAAAAAUUGUGAAACCCUUUGGUUUGAUAAGAGAAAGGAUAUUAAAUGUUUGAUCCCAGAGAAUAUUUUUGGAUUCAUCCUGAAUACACCAACAGAUUAUAAAUGGGGUAUGUUGAGACUUCCAUUCAAGCGAAAGCAUUGGAUAGCUUUUCGCAAGAUAGGAGAUGUUUAUUACAAUCUGGACUCCAAGCUAGAUACCCCGCAAGUGAUAGGGGAUGAAAAGAUUUUGCUUGGAUUUUUGCGUCAUGAGCUUGAAGAUGAAGAAAAAGAACUACUGUUAGUGGUGCAUCAGGAUGUUGAACGUAAGGGAUCCUGGAGAAAGACAACCUCAGAGGAGAAGAAGUCGAGGAAGUCAAGUGCUAGUAAGAGCAAGAAAUCAAGUGAGUCAGGGACUCCUACUCACUCUGGGAGCCAGAACACACCCAAACAUCUUGCCUCUCAUAAAGAAGAUGUCGUCCAGCCAUUUCAAUGUAAUUCUGCCAACACUAGUGGCAAUCCUACCUCAUCAAACACCAAUACUACACCACAUCUGCAGAGCCUACAUGACCUCUGAUGAAAUAUCAAGGUCUAUCAACACCUUGCUGUAUUAGAAACUCCUGCCUUCACUGGUCAUACUCAUCUGAAUAUGCUUUAAUAUCUAGUAUUAUCUACAGAAUCUCCAUCACUUAUGACCUUCAUAGCUCAAGGUCAUCAUUUUGUUCAUGUGUAUCAGAGCACAGAUUAAUCGUUGUAUAUUGCUUGUUGUAUCAUUCAUUUGGUUUUCCAAAAUUGAUAAAGAUAUUUGAAAUAUGCACUUUUUUAUGUUUACUUCCCACAUAAUUUGUGUGAUGUACAGCUGUUUGAAAUUAAGUUUAAGUUUCAUUCAUCUUGCCAGCUAAUUGUAUUUAUUUGAUGAUUAACUUGGAAUGAAGGUGUUUUAACAUCAUGUGUUGUCAAAGGGAUAUUCCAGUAAAACAUCUUCUUGAUCCAAAAAUUCCAAACUCACUUUUAUUCUUUGUUUGGUUUCCUGCCUAUUAAUACUGAGCAAAUUAUUAAUUAUAUCUUAUGAGUGGUACCCCUAAACAAAACCUAGUCCUGGGGUGGGACAGAUGUUUUAUUGGAAUAGUGCUUAAUUCAAAAUUUGAUGUUACUUAUUUUGGAUCAAAUAUUACAUCUAUUCUCAUGAUUUUUUAUCUCACAUUUAUUUUCAUGUCAUUCCUUGUUUGUCAUUAAAAAUGAUCUAUAUUAUGCAUAUAUUUUUCAUGAAGUUCCAACCAGAACAUGGAUUGUUAAAGAGUCUUUGAGCCGUUCUUUAGAAUUUUAGGAUUUUCUAUGUUUUUACUUCAUGAUAUUCUAUUUUGUUGAUGUAUUUUAUACAGCUGUGAUUGGAUGUAUGAGAAAGUGUGAUAACAUUCGUAAUUUUAGCUCGAUUUUUCUCUUGACAAAAUAUGUGGGGUGUGGCAUUUUGAUGUUGUUGUGUGAACAUUUAUCCACAACUUUUGGCAAGAGGAAACUCAGGUGUCAUCUAUACAGCUGUUACUGGAAGGAACAAGAAAGUGUGGUGUUGUGCUAACUCAUCAUAUACAGUGUAUGUUUUUGAUACAGUUACAGUUGGAUGUUUGAGGAUGUGUAGUAUAUUGUUAGUACAUGGAAUACAAUAUACAGUGUGCAAUACAUUGUAUGUCACAUAACUUGUACCAUAUACAGUUGUGAUCAGACUGAAACAGAACAUGGCAUCUAAUAAUUCACAAUACAUGUUUUUUAUACAAUGGUAAUUGGAUGAAUUUGGAAACACAGUAUGUCCUGUGCCACCAGCGAUAAUGUUGCCUCGUAUUCUCUAUAUAUUGUGUUUUAUUUUCUCAUAUUUUUAAAAUGAGAAAGCGAUGUUGUGUAGACGAUAUGGUGUGUUAUGUGAAAAUAUUGUUAAUAAUUAUUGUAUAUAUACAAGUUGUAUAUACGGAAUAACCAGAAUUUAUACAACUGGUCAUACAGGUAAGUUUUGUUUAAUCAUAUGAUGUAGUUGUAAAUAUUUUCUGGAACACUACUUAAAAAAUAACUCGAAAAAAUCCUCAUAGAAAAGGUAAGGAAAUGUCGGAAUACUUAAUGAAGUUUAUUUAUUUGAACCUUGAGGUCAUAUGCUAUCUUUCUUUGUAUUGGAGUAGCCUCCCUUAAAUUGCAAUUUAAAGUGAUGCAAUAAUUCAGAACCACCAGGAUAUGUACAUCAAUAAAUGCAUACUUAUAAUGAGUCCAUGUCACAGUAAGGUAGCAUACAUCCUUAAGUCUACAUGUCACAGUAAUGUAGCAUACAUCCUUAAGUCUCAAUGUCACAGUAAGGUAACAUACAUAUGGAUAUCCUUUAGUCUGCAUGUCAAAGUAAGGUAGCAUAUCGAUAUCUUUAUGCUUACAUGUCACAGUAAGGGAGCAUAUUGACAUACAUUUAUGCUUAUUUGUCACAGUAAGGGAGCAUAUUGACAUACGUUUAUGCUUACAUGUCACAGUAAGGGAGCAUAUUGACAUAAAUUUAUGCUUCCAUGUCACAGUAAGGUACCAUAGCAUAUCAAUUUUAUGCUUGCAUGUCAUAGUAAGGAAUUUACAUUUAUAUAUAUGUUCUAUUUUGGAAACAAGUACUGUAAUGUAUAUAAAUACAUGUAUAUGUAUGUAAAUCAAAGCACAUGAAUGGUAAAGGUAUGUUUGUUAUUCAAUUGGACAAAGAUAAUGUACAUGUGUGAGCUGGUAAAGAUUCAAAUAUGUAUAUUUUAGGUCUGUCCAAUUGUGAAAGGGAGCUGUUUAUACCAAGUGCAAAAGUGAGUGACAUUCUCUUGACUGAAGGGAUUGUGUAUCAUAUUUUCUUGGUUAUAAGCUGCAGAUUUUUCCCUCGGUGGUUGGGCGUGCGGCUUAUAUACCAGGACAUCUUAUGUGGAUUUGGUAGUAAAUGUGUUUAAAUCUCAAAAUAGAGGGAGAACAUCACCAUGUGUAUGGAAUCAAUCCAUCAUAUAUACUGUACAUUUCUCUUAAAAAACAGAUUCUAAGACAAGUGAGUCACACCCUACAGAACUAGGUAUUACCGCUGGAUUAUGACAGUAGUUAAAUGAACUUCUUUAU